AUGCAUCCCGCGCAUACCAAAAUUAAAACACGGAAGCUGAGAACGAAAGAGCAACCAAUAAGGUCAGGAGCUAUCGAGGUUGUUGGAAGGAAAAACAUUAUCAUGAAAGAUACGCAUGGUGAAACGAUACGUGUUGUAGCAACAAUCCGGAAAGGAGGAGAUGAUAAUCUGCUUGCAAAUGUAACAGCCAAUAAAUAUCCGGCUGUUAAGCAUGAUAAAUUGAUAAGCAAAUUAACCAAGAAACCAAUGGGAAGUGUUAUGGAAACAUGGGAAGAUCACUUUGGAAAUAAAGUUACAUUAACAGAUGAUUUGAAGAAGUUAAAAGUUACAACAGAAGAAGCAUUACGUAAAAAUGAAGAUAAGGAAGUGAUGGAGAAACGUGUAAAACACGCGGCUAGAAUGGUUGCUAUUUCAAGACAAGAAGCAAAGUACAAGAAGGAAUUGAAGAAUAAAAUGAUGAAAUUCGAAACUAAACAGAUGGAUCAUAGCAAACUUUUCAAUUUACUUAAAGCUUCCAAAAAGGAUGAAUUGGAUGUACAGUACACACAAUGUUAUAUUUUGUGUUUAUUAAUUAACACAUUUACUUAUUCACAUCUUCAUUAA